AUGCUGAACCCUUCUACUUCGAAUGAACGUUCAACUGUUGGUUCUAAUAACCACCACCACCUUCAACAACAACAACAACAACAUGAAGAUGCUUUUGACCCUGCGGUUCAAGCAGCUAACAAUCAAGCAGCAGCCGCAGCAGCUGCUUUUGUGGGAUUAGGUGGUGAUGAUAAUCAAUAUCCUCAUCCAAGUACAUAUGCAGCCAGUGCAGCAGCUGCAGCAGCAGAACUUCAACAUCGUGCGGAACUUCAAAGAAGACAACAACAAUUACAACAACAAGAAUUAGUUCAUCAACAACAACAAUUACAACAUUAUCAUCAACAACAACAACAGCGUGAACAACAACAACGUGAACAGCAACAGUUGCAACAACAAUUGCAGCAACAGCAACAACAACGUGAACGGGAAAUACAACGUGAACGUCAACAACGGGAAAGAGAACAACGUGAACGUUUACAACGUGAGAGAGAACAACGUGAACGUUUACAACAACAACAGCAACAACAACAACACCAACACCAGGAUUUAGGGCCAGAUCUUCUUACUCAACAUCUUCCACAGCAACAGAUUGGUGAUGAAUAUGGUCCUACUGGGGCUGAUAUUCGUUCAAGAUAUAUUGACAAUGAAAUCAUUAAGACGUUUUCAAGUAAGCAAGAAUUAGUUAGACAUGUUAAAUAUUUCUUAGGACCUGAAGAAAAUUGUAAAAUUGUGGUUAAUUCAUCAAAACCCAAGGCAGUUUAUUUCCAAUGUGAAAGAUCUGGUAAUUUUAGAACUACUGUUAAAGAUCCAACUAAAAGACAAAGAGUUGCUUAUACAAAAAGAAUUAAAUGUCCUUAUAGAUUAGUUGCAAAUUUAUAUCCACCCGAUAAAGAAAAGAGAAAGAUAAAAAAGGAUGACGAUGAUGAGGAGGAAGAAGAUCAAGUUCCUAAAGAUGAAUAUGAUAAUGAGAUGGGGGGUAAUAGUGAAAUGUGGAUAUUACGUAUGAUAAAUCCAAUUCAUAAUCAUCCACCUGAUCCAAUUGGUGUUGCUACUAAUAAUAAAAAGAAGAGACCGCGUUCUGCAAGAACUCUUGUACAAAAACCAUUGAAUAAACAUCUUAAUCAACCUCAACCUCCUCCUGGUGCUACUACCAAUUAUGGUGAAUUGAUGAAUCAUAAUGUCCUUCAACCACAAGUGGUGGGACAAUCCCAUCAUCAUCAUUUAGUUGGUGUUGAUCAACAUCGUCAUCAUCAAGUCAAUCAAGAUGCUGCUGUACUUGCUGCAAUUGAAGCUACUCAAGUUGGUAAUACCAGUGGUGGCGCAUCUACAGCAGCUGUUGCAGCUGCAGCUGCCGCGGCAUUACAUUCACAAGACGUUGAUACUUCUUCUAUUGAUCCAAAUGUUGAUCCUAAUGUUCAAGCUCAUGAUCAUUCUCAUGGAAUGAGAAGAAUGCAUAUGAGAGGAUGA